AUGAGCGUUACAGAAUUUUAUGCACGUAAAUACUGGGAUCAUAUAUGGUCUUGUGAGAAAAAUGGUCCUAAUAAUAAGGAAAGUGUAUUGUUCAGAGAAAGCGUUGAGGAAAUUUUCAUGUGCGAAAUGUUAGAUGAAGACGGAGACGAAAUCAAUCGAUUUAAAUUGGAUUUAUUUAAUAUUGCUUCAAGUAAAUCAAACAUAAUGAUUCUAGACAAUGUGCUUAGAGAAGUCACUAGAGGUAUUAUCAACGAAAAAUGGUUGAAGAUAUGCAUCAAGACAUCGUUCAAAGCGAUAUUACGAGAUAUUUUUGAUCUUUAUAUGGUCAAAUUACAGAAAUGUAUAUGGGAAGAACGAUGUAAUGAUACGAUAGAAAUAGAAAAACAAAUGGGUAUUUUUAAAGAGCUUAAAAGGAAAAAGCGGGUAGAUACAAGUGACAGUGCUGAUGACGAUGACGAAAUUUUGGAAAAUAAAAACAAUAAUAAAAAUGAUAAGAAAAAAAUUAAAAAAAUUAAAAAUAUGAUAAAAAUAGAUUUAGAAAAUAGUGUAAAAGAAGACGUAUUUUGUUUAGGAAAUUCUAAUAGACAUAGGAUAGGUAAUAAUAUUAUUAGUAAUUUGGUUAAUACAUAG